GGCGGCAUCCGACCGGCGCGCACGUGUCGUUGUUGUACGAACUUUCGCGAGUGAGUGACGAGUGAGUGAGCAUGCCCGCCCGCGCCGUGGCCUUCCUCGCCACCGCGGCCCUUGCGCUGGCGGCCUCCCCGCCCGACCCCUGCUACGAGGAUGGUCGCCCGAGGCGCUGCAUCCCGGACUUCGUCAACGCCGCUUUCGGAAACCCCGUGGUGGCUUCCUCCAUCUGUGGCCGACGCGGCCCAGAACGACUCUGUGACCCACCCGGCGAUCAAAAUCCCGAGAAUGCCUGCCGAGUAUGUGAUGCUACUCGUACUGAACGCCGAAAUCCACCGGCCCACCUUACAGAUCUAAACAAUCCGCACGAUGUUACCUGCUGGCGAUCCGCCGCGCUCCCGCCAGCUUCCUACGACUCUCCCCCCGACAACGUUUCCCUCACCCUAUCCCUCGGCAAAAAGUAUGAGCUCACGUAUGUCAGCUUGCAAUUCUGUCCGAAGGCGGCGCGUCCUGACUCCGUAGCUAUAUACAAAAGCGCGGAUUACGGGGUCACUUGGCAACCUUUCCAAUUCUAUUCGAGCCAAUGUAGGCGAGUGUACGGGCGGCCGAAUAAAGCGACGGUGACCGCUGCAAAUGAGCAGGAAGCUAGGUGUUCCGAUUCGCACAGGCUGGCCGGGGAGAGUUCUGGGGGUGCUAGACUCGCGUUUAGCACCUUAGAGGGACGUCCGAGCGCAGCUAACUUCGACAUAUCCCCCGUCCUUCAAGAUUGGGUCACCGCGACUGACGUACGAGUCGUGUUCAAUCGUCUGCACAUGGUGAACGAAGGAGACGAGGUGGAUAGUAAGAAACAGGCCGCUCCGGGCUCGCAGCACUAUGCCGUUUCGGAUUUCGCAGUCGGUGGUCGAUGCAAGUGCAACGGACAUGCAUCCAGGUGCAUUCCGGCGAAGGGCGAGGAGAGCCAGGGGGUCCAGCUGGCGUGCGAUUGUAAGCAUAACACGGCAGGGAGGGAUUGCGAAAGAUGCAAGCCGUUUCAUUUCGACAGACCGUGGGGACGAGCGACGGCGCGCGACGCGAACGAAUGCAAAGAAUGCAACUGCAACGGUCACGCGAGACGAUGUCGUUUCAACAUGGAGCUGUACAAGUUGUCCGGACGAGCGAGUGGCGGCGUGUGUCUCAAAUGUCGCCACUACACAGCCGGCCGACACUGCCACUAUUGUCGCGAGGGCUACUACAGAGAUCCUACAAAGCCAAUCACUCAUAAGAAAGCUUGCAAGCCAUGCGACUGCCACCCGGUCGGAGCAAGUGGUAAGACAUGUAAUCAGACAAGCGGUCAGUGCCCUUGUAAGGAUGGAGUGACAGGCACGACGUGCAACCGAUGUGCUAAGGGCUACCAGCAGUCGAGGAGCCACAUCGCUCCUUGUAUACGCAUACCUCGUGUGGUAACAGCAGUUCAGGCGAUGGAAGCGGUGGACGCAGAGCCGGGGCGCGCGGACCAGUGCGGACGGUGCCGCGCAGGCGCACGAACUCUCAACCUCAACAAGUUCUGCAGCCGAGACUACGUCAUAAUGGGUCGGGUGGUCGGUCGCGAGGCGGCGGGCGGCGUGGCGAGCGCGGCGACGGACGGCGGCUGGGUGCGGCUGGCGCUGAGCGUGCAGGCCGUGUACAAGCGCGCGCCGCGGAGCCGCUUGCGACGAGGCGCCGUGGCACUGUACGUGCGCGCCGCGGACCUCGCCUGCAAGUGUCCCAAGAUCAAGAUCAAUAAGUCCUAUUUAAUCCUAGGAGUGGAAAAAGAGGGGGCAUCGUCUGGUUUGCCGGGACUGACGGUUGGAGAUAGAACUCUUUUACUGGAGUGGCGAGACGAUUGGCACAGACGCAUCCGUCGUCUGCAACGGCGCGCCAUCAACUGUCAUUAGCGGGCGCGAUUUCGUACACCAUCUUUAAAUUAACGUCAAGGAUCCGUAUGAUACAGCCUAAGAAAGCAUGAAGGCCUAUUCGAAGGAGUUUGUAAGGUAUUCCGUCUAUGUUCCGUGCAUAUUGAAAGGAUAGAAUAUAACUGCCAUUAAUGCUGAUUAAUAAAAUAGAUUGACCUAGUCGCAAUUAAGAAUAUACAAUAGUAUCAUGUUACUAAUAUUUGAUUAAUAGUUAACUUUAAUGUAUUUUUUUUAAUGUGAAAUUCAAAGUUCGAACCUUCCACAGAUGGUUAGUAAACAGUUAAAAUUUAUUAUCGUCCCUUAACACAACCCUUAUGAAUAAGAAAUAGAAAACAAUUACUGUGACUUAAUUUCUUACUUCCUAGGAUUUCGUUAUCUAUACGUCAUGCUUAUGUAACGAAAACUCUUUUGUUUAAUAGAGUUUUUUUUUGUGAAUUAUGAACAAUAUUUUAAAAUUAAUUAUUUAUGAAACUUCGUCGUUAACUGUACCCUACUUGAUUUAUAAGAUUAUUUAUUUAAAUAUCUAGAUGCUAGAACUAACAAAAGUUUCGUUCCAUUUUAUGCAUUUUUGUAAAAUUGUUAUUUUAUAAUAAAAAUGCGUAUGUUGAAAUUGUUUUUAAGUACUGGCAACACUGAUUAUAUCAUAUGUCAAAAUUGGCGCGAUACCGCUUCUACGCUCUCUUUUGAUACAUGAUAUUAUUUAUUGUAAAAUAUAGAUUUAGGUAAUUUUGAAGAUGAUUCAUCUCCACAAAGCAUAGUCAUAAUGUUUUAACGUACCUCAUUUAUUAAGAAAACAUUAGAUAAGAUUUACUGUCUAUUUAUUUAUGAAUAACUCCUUAUCAAAUAUCCUUGUUAUUGAUUCAUUCGCCAAUAUAAUCAUUUUUCAUAACCUUUAUUAUUUAAUAUAACGACAUUUCUUGCCAAAGCAACUGUUUCGAAGUUCUCGAACGAGUACUUAUAUUUCUUGAGAAUAAAUAUUUAGAAGUAGUUUUUUUACGUAAUCUUUUUCGUCGCCUCACUAAAGGUAUGUACAGUAUUAUUAGCUUUACUAAAAUAUACAUUAAGACAGUUUUAAACGUACAUUUGACGCCAACAUGUCCGACUCGCUUGAAAUUCGAAUUCUAUUUUCAAAGAUUUAAAUUUUGGCUUAAACGAACGUCAUUCACAUGUUCCACAAUUUGAAUCUGACAAAAGAAAACAAUGUAUUCAAUAAGUGUAUUUCUUGUACACUCAUGUAAUCAUGUACAAUUGAGCCGUCAAAAUUAUACGCUCAGGUACAGUUACAGACACAAUGCAACAAAUCAUCUCGCCGCACGAUGGAACAAUUUACAAUAAUCCAUUGUUGCUAUUUGCGGCGUAUCGCCGUCGGACAAACAAAUAUGGCGGUGUAAUGGACGCCGUAGGACGUUGAAAAUAAUAUAUACGAAAAUAUGUCUAUAUUUUUUUUGUAUACUUUUAAAUUGAGACUGAUUACUUUUUUACUGUUCAUCUAAAACAAACAAUAAAACAUAUCGGACAUAUUCAAUAUGUUUCACUUCGCUGAAACUGCUACUUAUUUGAAUUUAAAAUUUAAUAAAAAAAUGCAUUUUACAAAGUUUUUCGUUUUUUAUUUCAAUCAUCGCAAAAAGGUAGUAUUCAAUAUUCAGCCUAGUAUAUUUUUAUUUUUAAUUGUUGUAAUUGUAUUGGCGCCAAAUGUAAGUUUUUUAAUUAAUUAAAAAAAAUAAUCGUUUAGAUAACGUAUUUAUAAACUUAGAUAUUUCGCUUGAUUGUAUUGCGGAUUGUAAAAAGUGUAUUUAGUUGUAGAUCUAUCUAUUAACCUGUUUCUAGUUAUGCAUAUCUUUAGAUUUCGUAAAUCGUAUAGGGAUAUAUAUAUUUUUGCGCGCUCAUAUGUUUUUUUUUU